AUGAAGUGGAGGGUGGUGCUAGCAGCAUUCCUCGUUUCUGUUUUGAUCAUUCAGUAUGGUAUUUGCCAAAAGGUUGAACCCAAACCAAAGACAAAAGCUGAGAAGAGACCAAAUGGCAAGCCCAAGACUGGAAAGGGGGCAGAAAAAGCUCUUGCCCCCAAACCUAAAGCAGACCAGACAUACCUCACUCAGGUGGUAAACAAGAGAAAGUUCCAGAAAGUUGGGGACACGCUGACUAUCCAAGCAGGUGAUACAUUAGAGCUGCGAUGUAAAGGAAAUCCUGUCCAAUGGACUGUUCCUGCAUAUCUACAAGAGGAUGAUGAAGGAAGACUCAGGAUGGUUCAACAUGAACGUUAUGGCACGUUGAUUUUGGCAAACGCAACAGUGCCAGAUACAGGGGAGUACAUCUGCUAUCCAAUGUACUGUGAGGAUAAAGAAUGCAGAAAAGAAUAUGACAAAGCUGUCAAAGUCUUCAUCUUCUUCUCUGACCCUCAGGAGUUGUUUGUGCCUUCCUCUGACUAUUAUGAGGUCAUUCAGCUUCGAACUAACUGGUCCACGGUCCUGCCCUGUCAGGUGACCUCCCCGCUGGCCAAGGUGACCCUGCACCAGGAGUUUCCUCCAAUGGAGGUAAAGGUGGAUGGAACAGAAAUCUCUUUUGAUGUCAAGAAGGGCUUCACCAUCCACAGGUCAAAGCAGUACCAUGCUGGUUCUCUAUACUGCAUAGCCAGUCUAGGGAACCUUCGACAGAGCUCAACCAAAUACAUGCUGAUCUACAUCAACUACCCAACUGCACCUCCAUCUCCUGCGAUCCAGGCCUCCUCUGAUACUGUGACAGUGGGAAAAAAUCUCCAGGUGACAUGCACUGUAGUGGGAGAGCAGGACGUGGUGGUGGAUUUUACCUGGAAAUAUCCUGGACAGAAGAUUGGCCGCCCACCGUACACCCAGGACAGUGUACAGACGGUACAGGUGGACGGGCAGAACCGACAGCGUUCUGAAACAGUGCUGGAGGUGGAUAAGUUUAGAGAGGUUGACCAAGGAAUGUACACCUGCACAGCCCGGAACCUAGAAGGUUCAAGAUCUGCAUCCACAUCUGUCAAAGUGCAGUCGGCUGGCACCACCACCAGGCCAAAGAAGCAGAACAAAGAUACCCAACAAUAAAAAAAAUCACGGACAUGUGGAUUAUUGCAUAUUUGCUGUCAAACAAGUUUGUAUAUGUAAGAAUAUGCACAAGGACACAAAAGCAAAAGAGGAUAUGAAGCUUGCCAUACAAACA